AUGACCUCUCAACGUCCUGUCUCGGAACAAUUUAAUCUACAACAAAAAUCCGGAUCAAACGCACAAUACCGACAAUCCGCGGACCUCUCUCAUUUAGGCCAACAGCAACAGCAAAAUCAUCGUGGUUCUUCAAGGCCCACAUCUGAGAUAUUUUCUGCAAAUACCCCCACAUAUCACUCACCUGAAGCUGAAGCAAUCGACAAGUGGUUUGAAGACUUGCAACAUUACGAACAAACACUUGAAGAAAUGGCCACAGCUAGUUUAGAUCAAAAUUUCAAGGAAGAACUUGGUGCACUUGAGCAAUGGUUUCGCGUAUUAUCAGAAGCCGAAAGAACUGCUGCGUUAUAUAGCUUGCUACAACAUUCAACUCAAGUGCAGAUUAGAUUUUUUAUCACAGUCUUACAACAAAUGGCUAGAAGUGAUCCAAUGGGAGCUUUAUUAUCACCUGCUAACCCUGAAAAAGAUAUGAUGCAAGCUCAAUUAGCGAAAGCUGAAGUUGAUGCUAGAAUGGCUCUUAAAUCACCGACAAGCCCUUCAUAUCCACGUCGUCUCUAUGAUAGACAUCCGGGAAUUGAAUUCUUGUCACCUGAAGCGGCAAUAUAUUCAGAUCCUGCUGCUGCUCUAGCCCAACAACGAGCAAGACUUCAGGCAAAUACCGGAAAUAGAGCCACCUCUUUAUAUUCAAGACCGAAAUCGAUGAUAUCGGAAAGUGACCAGCCAGUAUGGACACCAGCCGCUUUUCCAUUACGUUCGCCAAGACCGGGUGCCGCAUUUGAUGGUGAAUUAUCUCCAUUAGUUGGUGGAAGUUGGGCGAGUAUGGUUUCAACGCCUGUUGUUCCAAUGUUUGCCGAGAAUAAACAAAAACCCGCGGCUGAUGCUGAAAUGGUGACUAAAAAAUUAACAAAUUGGACUUUAAGUAAUAGUUCGGGAAAUCGUGUAGUCUUGGAGAGUGAUGUUAAGAAAUUCCGUAGAAAUCACUUGAAGGGAAAUAAUACCGGUGUCCCAGCUACAGUCCACGAAGAAAAGUACGGAGCACAGGCGAAUAUUGUGUUGUCAAUGAUUGAUGCGGAUGGUAAUAAACGAUCCCCACAACAUUCACCUCUGCCAAGUCCAAAAACAUUGGGCACGUCAAGACAGGGAUCACGUCCUUCUUCGCCAAAUCCAAAUCCGGUUGGAUUAUAUCCUAUGCAUACAUGGGGCUCGGGAGGUGGUGGUGCUAAAUCAACACAUUUAACACCACCCGGUAUUGGAGUUCACUAUGUUGAUGGAGAUGGUGGUACUGUUGAAGUCGGUUAUUUAAGUGAUCAUAGUGACGCUUCGCAUAAUACUAGCAAUGCCGGUACUAAUAACAAUAACACCAACAAAUCGUCAAAAAAUAAAAAGAAACAGAAUGAUGAUACUGUCGAUUUUGAACUUUUAAACGAUAUUCCUCAAUGGUUACGCAGUCUUCGUUUACACAAAUAUACGCAAGUUUUUGAGGGCAUGAAAUGGCAAAGUAUAAUCGAAUUAGAUGAUACUGCUUUAGAACAAAAGGGUGUUGCAGCGCUUGGGGCUCGUCGUAAAAUGCUCAAAGAAUUUGAAAAAGUUAAAAACGCUCUUAAUGAAAAGCCUGCGUAG